CUUUCAUUGCUAGUAACCGUUCGCUAAAUGCCUGCGACUGGAGCUCUAUAUUUUUUCAUACAAAGAAUUCUUUGAACAGAUUUUUUAACAAACUCCAUAGUUCUAUAUAAUAUACAAUAUAAAUCACUAUCAAUGUCUGUUUGUAUCUCUAUUGUGUGUUGCAUUUGUACUAAAUAACAACUGAACUAUUAUUCAGUUGUAAUUACUGAUUAGUUGUAUAUACAGAUAAUGUAUCAACUACAAAGUAGUAAAUAAAGUUAUAUGUAUUUUUUACACUGUGUUUUAAAGCAAUUAAUUAAAGUGAUUAAACACUCAUACUAUUUGAUAUCAGUGCACUUGUUUUAUUUAAAAAAACCUUAAUCAGUUAUUGCAUGGGAAAAUCAGCAAAAUUUACUUUGCUUCAUUCCACAAAGAUUUAAUUACAAACGUAUGUUUUAAACUUCUGAUUUUAGAUACUCUGUCUAAAAAUAGAUAAUAUCACUCAUAAAUCAUGUUUGAUUUAUCCAAAUCAAGUGUCCAUUAUGAUUAAUUAAAGACGAUCUUCCCGAUUGUAUAUAACAAUAUUGGUAUUUACGUGAUCUACGAAGCCACAGUUUCUUUUGUACAAAUACCGCGUCACUCUAAUUUAGCAUACAAUGUCACAGUGAUGCAUGACUAAAUAAUUUAAAGAAUAGAUCAAGAUAGGAAAACUUUCACUGUAAUGAAAUCGAACGCAGAUAGAUGAAAAGAACACAAAGACGAAUUCUUCAAGAUUAACAAAAAUUAAGUUAUACAAAAACACUUUAGCUUCAUAGUUACGUUCUUGUACAAAUCGUGUGCAAGAAGAUUGUGAAAUUGCGACGAUACAUCGAGUGGUCUGGCGUAAGAUUGGUUUGAUAAAGACAUUCUUAAGACAAAUCUGAUAAGAUGGAUAUAAAUCAAAUAAGUUCGAUUCUUAAUUGGUCAACGAUAUGAUUUUUGAAUAACGAUUAGUCUAAUUGAUUGAUUGAUUGUUGGUGUCGUGUGCAGGUGAACUGUUUAAAUACAACCAGACAGUGAGGCCGGUUACAAACUUCUCUCGUGACCGUAGAGGGUAAGAUCAUUCGCGUACUCUGCUCAUCUUAUCAAUAUUCAUAGACUUUACAGUGAUUUAGUUCCAUUUGUCGUGACUCAGUGUUGUAAUAUUUUUCAAUUUACUUAACAUUCUAAUUAAUCAUUUCUUUUAUUAUUAGACUUCAUUUCUUCAUUCAUUAGACAUUGUUUCAUUGUGCUGAUUUCUGAAAUAAAAACUAUUUAGAAGUUCUGUUUUCAAGUUUUAUUAUUUUUUGUUUAGGGCAGACAUCAUGUGGAAGUUAGUACUCAUCGCUUUGGUCGCUUUGGCGACAGCCGAAAAAGUCAAAUACGACAACUACAAGGUAUACCGUGUUUUACCUCAGGAUGAACAGCACCUGGCACUUUUGCGAAACCUCGCCGAAGUUUCUGACUCUUUCUCUUUCUGGAAAGAGCCCAAAGAUGCUCAGAGCUAUGCCGACAUAAUGGUUGCUCCCCACAGGGAACCAGAAUUCUUAGAAUUAAUGAACCAGCACGAAAUCCCCUAUGAAACCUACAUCGAGGAUGUUCAAACCUUGAUCGACAGUGAAGUGCCACCUGCACAGCCUCUGGCUACAUUUGAUUUGAACAACUACCACACUCUUGAUGAGAUCUAUGCUUACUUAGACAGCUUGGCUAAAGCCAACCCUGGCAAGGUCCAAACAAUUGUUGGUGGAAAGACAUACGAGGGUCGUCAAAUUAAGGGAGUGAAACUGUCCUUUGGUCCAAACAAACCUGGUAUCUUCAUUGAAGGUGGUAUUCACGCUAGGGAAUGGAUCACUCCAGCUACCAUUCUGUACAUAAUCAACGAAUUGUUGCACAGCAACUCAGCUGAUGUCAAAGCACUCGCUCAAUCCCAUGACUGGUACAUCUUCCCUAGCUUCAACCCUGAUGGAUACGUGUACACCCACACAACUAACCGCCUGUGGAGAAAGACCCGCAAACCAUACGGUGUUCUGUGCUACGGAACCGACCCUAACAGGAACUGGGGAUACAAAUGGAUGUCUGGUGGUUCCAGCAGCAACCCAUGCUCUGAGACCUACGCUGGAAGCGCUGCGUUCUCCGAUGUUGAAACCAAAACCAUGUCAGAGUACAUCAAAUCAAUUUCUGGCAAAUUCUAUGCCUACGUUGCUUUCCACAGCUACUCUCAGCUUUUGAUGUUCCCAUACGGUCACACCAAAGAUCAUCUUGAUAAUUACAAGGAUGAGCUUGCAAUCGGUCAAAAGACAAUUCAAGCUCUUGCCAAACGUUAUGGAACCAAAUACGAAACUGGAAAUAUUGCUGAAACUAUCUACAUUGCUAGUGGAAGCACAGUUGACUGGGUAAAGGGAACCUUCCACAAACCAAUCACCUACACUUAUGAACUGAGAGACACUGGUCGUUACGGUUUCCUUCUCCCUGCUAACCAGAUCAAACCAACUGCUGAAGAAACUUUAGAUUCUUUGGUUGCCAUGUUCAAAGAAUCCAAAGCACGUGGAUACGAAUAAACUAACAAAAAUAUUUUUCAAAUACAAAUGUUUUCCAAAUUGUACACCGGUUUAUUAUUAUACUCAUAUUUGCAAUAAAUUUUGGUAAUUUUAUUAAAACUA